UAUUCACACAUUAAAUAUGAGAAAUUUAUUAUAUGUGAGGAGUGUCACAUGCAGUGCUCAUAGUUAUCUACUGAAGUCAUAAUGAAGCUGUCAGCGAACUUAAACUUUUUAUUUACCGAAGGUGGUAAGACCAUAUCUGAACGGAUUUAUAUGGCACAUGGAGCUGGAUUUAAUGCUGUAGAAAUACCUUUUCCAAGUUGUGAAUUGGAAGAUGUAUUACAUGCAAAAGAGUCAACUGGAAUACAAAUUGGACUAAUUAAUAUUAGCUUGGGCGAUUCGAAGUUUGGUAAUGGUAGUGUUCCAAACAAUCAGGAAAAGUUUAAGAAAGAACUGAAGGAUACAAUUGAAUUUGCUAAGAAAGUACGAUGUAGAAAGAUUCAUAUAAUGGCAGGACUCACUGAAGGAGAUUCAAACGAACAUUUGGUUAUCUACAAAAGCAAUUUAAAAUAUUCAGCAGACAUUUUAGAAAAGGAGGACAUGGUGGGCUUGAUUGAACCGAUCAACAAAUAUGCCUUGCCGUCAUACUUUAUGAACUCAUACGAAACAGCAUGUAGCAUAAUAAGAGAAAUAAACAGCAACCAUAUCAGAUUAUUGGUGGAUCUAUAUCAUUUGCAACACAUUACGGGUAAUAUAACACAUGCCUUCGCUGACUUCAAAGACAUAAUAGGACAUAUUCAAAUUGCUCAAGUUCCUCAUCGGCAUGAACCUGAUGUUACCGGAGAACUAGAUUUUACUUAUAUUUUCGACUUACUAAAAAUGAUUGGAUAUGAUGGCUGGAUUGGAUGCGAGUAUAAACCAAAAACUAACACCUUGGAAGGCUUGAAAUGGAUAAAAAACUAUAAUAUACAAUUAUAAAUAAAUUCGUUAUAUUCCAUAAUUUGUAUACUUCUGCAACAGAAUACAAAAAUUUUGUUCGUCUAAGGUUGGUUUUAUGACCUAAACGAAAUCUGCGAAAAUAAAUACAUAAUUAUAUACGAGUAAA